CGUAUACACAAUGAAUUUUUUUCCAGAGAAGAAUCGGAAAGUAAGGUACAAUUGAAAGUUUACGCUAAUGGUUUCAAAAUUUUCAUACUGAUUGUUAUAUGGGCGGUGAGUUGUUAUGCUUUGAUGGAAAAUAGCGAAAAAGUUUUGAACAUGUACCAAAUUAGCAUACCGAAAGAUUCGGUAAAAAGUCACGUUAUAUACGAACAGCCGAGAGAAAAUAAAGUCCAAGUUAUGUUGAGAGGAGCACUACUUCCUUCUUAUUACGAGGAAAUGUCAAGAGAAUGGAUGACUGUUUGGGUUCAGCUAAUGGUUACCAGAGAAGAACCUUCCAGGUACACUCAGAUUCGGGAGUUCGAAGUGUUGUCUAUUCAGAACGUGUCUGAGGCGUGGAAAGUUCCUAUAGUACCAGAAAAGAUGAUCGGUCAAGUACCAGAAGUAGAUCAUUUGAAAAUAAUCGACCUUAACGAAUUCGAAGUAGACGACGCCUCUUACAAAAUGUUGAGAAUCCAGUUCAAGACAAAUCUGAAUACGAAUUUUCCUGUUUCUAUGGGAUACAAUCUACACCCGAUUGACGUCAAUGACGGUAUCAUUUAUGGAGCUCUGGUUUUGAUUAUGUUGUACGUUCUUAUAAUAUUUGAGUUGAUUCAUAGAACCCUUGCCUCCCUGUUAGCUAGUACGCUGACUGUAGCAAUCUUAGCAUCGUAUGAUCAAAGACCAACAUUGGAUGUGAUAAUAUCUUGGAUAGAUAUCGAAACCAUGACGUUGUUGUUUUCUAUGAUGGUUCUAGUAUCGAUAUUCAGUGAAACUGGAAUAUUCGAUUAUGCUGCCGUUUUUGCAUACAAGAAAGCGAAAGGGAGAUUGUGGCCACUGAUAAAUAUGUUAUGCCUUCUCACAACUAUAGUCUCUUUCUUUCUGGAUAAUGUAACGACUGCUCUUUUGAUUACACCUAUCACCAUCAAGUUAUGCGAAGUGAUGAAAGUGAAUCCACGACAAAUAUUGAUGUAUACACUGAUCUUUGCCAACAUAGGAGGAGCAAUAACCCCAAUAGGAGAUCCUCCUAAUGUCAUCAUCGCAAAUAACCAAAAAGUUGUACAAUCAGGGGUCAAUUUUGGUAUAUUUACAAUUCAUAUGGGUGCAGGAGCUUUGCUUGUCCUCGUUGUUGUUUAUAUUCAAAUUCGCAUCUUAUACAGAGAUAAAAAGUACUAUGCUUACGAUGAACCUACAGAACUGAAAGAUCUCAAGGCCGAACUUGCUGUCUGGGAAAGAACAGCGGCUUCUGUAAGCAGGUACAGCAAAGACGAAGAUAUUGUUAAAGACACCCUAUUGAAACAAACACAGCAGCUCCAAAUGAGGCUUCGAAGACAUACCGAGAGCAAUAUCAGUAGUCAUAUAGAUAGUCAACUCGAUAUUAUCGGAGAGGCAGUAGAUGAAAGUAAGAAUUCGACCACGAUUGAAGAUUUAGAGAAACAGUAUCCCAUCCGUAACAAGAGUUUAUUGGUAAAGUCUGGAGUGACUUUAUUCAUAGUUAUCUGCGUGUUUUUCCUGAAUAGCAUUCCGGCACUGAGUAAACUGGGUUUAGGAUGGACCGCGUUUUUGGGCGCAUUACUACUUCUUCUUCUUUACGAUAGUCAUGACCUAGAAGCCGUACUUGCCAGAGUUGAGUGGUCAACUCUGAUUUUUUUUGCAUCACUGUUUAUCAUGAUGGAGGCUCUCACUCGCCUAGGGUUGAUAGGCUGGAUUGGGAAACAAACUGAAUCCUUAAUCACAUCAGUGAGUCCCGACUCCAGAUUAGCAGCAGCUAUAAUAUUGAUUUUGUGGAUCUCCGCUUCAACAUCCUCUUUUGUGGAUAAUCUACCACUCACGACCAUGAUGGUCAAAAUAGCCAUCAACCUAUCAGAAAACAAGGAGUUGGGUUUGCCCCUUCAGCCUUUGGUAUGGGCUCUAUCUUUCGGUGCUUGUUUUGGAGGAAAUGGAACACUAAUUGCAUCCUCUUCAAACAUUGUAUGUGCCGGACUUGCGGAACAACACGGGCAUAGGUUUAGCUUUAUGCAGUUUUUGAAGGUUGGGUUUCCAGUGAUGUUAACCAGUACCAUAGUAAUAACUAUAUACUUAAUACUGUGUCAUGUAGUUUUCAGUUGGCACUAAGUUGUAUUUUAAUCUUAUAAUGUAUCUACUUCCGUUUUUUAUUUGAAAAAUAAAAUAUCCUACAAGACGAGACUACAUAAAUUA